AUGCAGGAACUACAAUUGACAAUUGGAAAACAAGCAAUGGAUUAUGCCGAGAAAACUAAUCAGCGCCGAAUUCAGAGGCAAGAAAGGCGCAGCUCGUUGUCAACAAAAGAGGCCCGUACAGCACGUAGUAAACAAUUGGCGGAGCAAAAUGACUAUUUUAAGGAAGCAGAAGGAUUAUUAUACGUGGAAGCGCCAGCCAGUGAAGUGCCGAACCAUUUUGGUCCGAGGCCCAAAAGGCAACACCAGGAGGUGCCCUCCAGAAGCAAGCUGGCCACAGGGCCAAACAAAACAAAACACCUCCAUCGCCAGGCAACGCGAUGGGAAGGUGAACCAUACGCGCCAAUAACAGUUAGGAGGAGAGCAACCUCGCUCUCCGACUCAAGCAGAGCAACGCCAAUCUCCACCGCCGCCACCACAAGCACGAACAUGGACACGUCCAAACCAACAACAUCCACGUACUCCAAUAUCUCCGCGGACGGAUUCAUCCUACCCCGUACAAAAAAGACAUCGAAGGAAGCAUCCGCCGACAAUUCCGGAGCACCGACGCGCCCUGCCACCCAGCCAACGCCCAUCAGUAACAGAUACGCCGCCCUGGCGGACAUCUUUGACAUCAGCAACGACGCCAACCCACAACCUUCCCCCAAGGAGCAGGUAACGCCCCCUAACAACCCAACUCCAACUGCAGCCCAAGGUAAGCCGCCGCCGAUAUUCAUUCAGACGCAUAUCAAAGACCACAACGGACUCUCCGACCUGAUAAAAUCCACCAUCGACAGCAAGUUUGAGUGCUUACCGAUCGCAAGGCAUUCGGACAUUCCUCCUCACUGCACCAAAAGCACACAAUUGCCUAAAGUGCGCGGGCAAACACAGCACAACCAGAGGUCCACCAAACCCCCCCCCACACAACCCAGCCACAUGCUAGCAACUGCGGAGGCUCCACCCGGCCAACAUAUCCAGUGCCCUUCCCUCUUAGCAUUCUCAAGAAACGUUCCAACUGCACGAAAAACCCGCCACCACACCAAGCGAGCAACACAUCACCAUCACCAACAACCACCCACUCCCUGCAGCGUGCCCCAUCCAAUAAACACUCACACACAGCAAAGCAUUUCCCACAGUAACCCCGAAACAACAUACGCCAGUAUCACCGCCAAAACAGACAGACUACACAAACCGGACCUCUCACAGCUUAUUCGCCAAGGCUCAAGCCAUUAUAAUGAAAUCCUGGACAUAAAUAGCAUGGCCGCAGCCCUCGACUUUCUAUACACUAAACUCAGCACAUGUAACACUAAAGUUCAGAAAACUCAAGCGUUCCUUGAAGCCGCCGAACUCAUAAUGAGCCAAACACUCCACCGUCCAGCAAGCCCUAAGGCUACAGGAGGACAUUGCGCUGGAGGUGAACAAGAACCGGACGGUGGUCCUAGUUCUACUAGACCUCCAGAAGGCCUUCGACACCGUCUGGCACAAUGGCCUCCUCCUCAAACUGCACCACAUCAACCUCCACAUCCACCUAAUUAA